AUGCCGCGUUUCGCGGCCGAAGGAUGGGCCUGUCCGAAUAUCUGUCCGAAUACCUUGCACGCGACCAAUGAAAAAGCCACGGGCGGAGAUUUGGCGGGUGAACUGUGGAACUUGCUCACCCUCCUCAACCGAUCUACUACCGUCUCCCAACUCGGCGCCGCAGAGUUAGCGCACACCGCCACUCAGGUCCAGAAAUCCGCCCUUCGUUCCGAUAAGUGUCGUUUCCACGCCGUCCCACUCCGCCAGAGUCCAACGUGGAUGACGACUUGGAAUCUCUGGACGACCGGUUCCUCUCCAGCCUCCACCGGCGGCAACUCGAUAGCUUUGAAUUAUGAACUCGACCACUUCGACAAUACCCUCUCCUCAAUCUUCACAUCUCAGGCCGACGCUCUCACUCAACUGGGCAAAGUAGGCAAGUCCGACGGGAAUGCGUGUAUUACCGACGACGGUCCGGAGCGCGUGACGUUGGACCGAGGCUUGCUCCGGAUGGAGGACGUGAAGCUGUUGAGAACAGUGCGAAGCGGUGGCAUGAGCACGUCGAAUGCGUAUGGCGUGUCUGCAUGCAUGCAAUGGCAGGAGGCGAGGUGCGGUGCGGUGCGAUCCGGAUCGACUCCUUGCUACUCCCACUCCCUCAUCGAAAUUUUCAGGGUCCACGCGAAGCUGGCCUACAAAGAUCAGGUCAUCCGGAAGUCGCAUGCCUUGCUGAGGUAUACGUUGCCUACUCAGAAGGGCUGGUAA